CCCACAAAGAAAGAAAAAAAGGGACACAGCGGCGUCCGUCGGCUCGGGUGAAUGUUUACCGAGCGAGCCUAGGGUGGUGAGGAAAGUGACAGUCACACCGGAGCCUUGGCGUAUGGUGAAGCACGGGUGAUUUCAGCUUCCACGGUUGCAUUUUUACAGCGGAAUGUUCACGCGAAGGGGGCAUGGAGACGUCAAGAAAUCUACACAGAAAGUUCUGGACCCAAAGAAGGAUGUUCUGACCCGGCUCAAACACCUCCGGGCUCUGCUAGAUAUUGACAAGAGUGAACUGAAGGCAUUCUUUGAGAGCAACUGUUCUCAGAUUUAUUUUAUCUUCUAUGAAAAUUUCAUUACACUGGAAAGCAACCUAAAACAAAAAGGGAACAAAUCUCAAAGGGAGGAGCUGGACUCUAUCCUCUUUAUUUUUGAAAAAAUUCUUCAACUUCUGCCUGAGAAAAUCUACAACCGAUGGCAGUUUCACAGUAUAGGUUCUAUUCUGAAAAAGCUUCUACACACUGGAAAUUCAUUCAAGAUCCGCUGCGACGGGAUCCGUCUGUUCCUGCUGUGGCUGCAGGCUCUGAGGGACAACUGCGCAGAGGAGCAGUUCCUCAUCUUUGCCUGUCUGGUGCCAGGAUUCCCCGCUGUACCCUCCUCCAGAGGGCCCUGCACGCUCGACACCAUCAUUUACAACCCGUUCUCUAACCCCCCAGAUGCCAAGGUGGUGCCUGAGGAGAUCACCCCCCUGGUUCCAGCCGUGGUGGGAGAAAAAACUGCAGAUGACCCCACGUGCUACAUCCUCGAAACACUGCUCAAGUACAUGGUAAUCCAGGCAUCCAGUUUAGAGUGGAGGAACAAGGAGAACCAGGACACAGGCUUCAGGUUUCUCUUCAGCCUGUUCAAGAAGUACUAUCUUCCACACCUAUUCCCCUCAUUCACCAAGCUCACCAACCUCUACAAGCCUUUGUUAGACCUCCCCCACCACAGACCAAAACCGCUGUACGUGCCAGUGACGCGGAACAAUGAGAGCACCUUCUGCACCAGGGAUCAGUACCUGGCACCCCGUGUGGCCUUCAUCACCUGGCUGGUCACCUUCUUCCUGGAGAAGAAGUACGUCAGCAGUGCUGCUGCGGCGCAGAGCGCCAAGAACGGCACAGAGGUCAUUCCCAAGCUCAUCCAGACUGUCACUCCAGGCAGCAUUAGCCAGGAGAAGGAUAGGACAUCGGUUGGGGAUACAAACGGGCCAGCGGGGGAGCCUGACAAGAGCCACUCCAACAGCAGCACGCUGUCAGAUCGACGGCCCAGCGACUCCAGUUUGUGUAGCAUCGAGGAGGAGCACCGUCAUGUCUAUGACAUGGUGCAGUCCAUCCUGCUGUCCACCAGGGACAAUGUGAAUUUUGUCAACGAGGUCUUCCACCAGGCUUUCCUGUUGCCGUCUUGUGAGGCUUCAGCAACCAGGAAGGUGAUCAAAGUGUACAGGAAGUGGAUCCUGCAGGAGAAGCCCAACUUCAUGACAGAGCCUGACACGACUACACAGGAAGAUGAAGUGGACGACAGCUCUGAACAGAUAAUCUGUACACAGGCAAACAGCAUACACGCACAAAUGUUGGAGAGUCAUGGUCACAGACGGUCGUCAAGCUGGGGACGGACCUACUCGUUCAGCAGUGCCAUCAACCGAGGCUUUCUCACCGAGGAGCAGAACAGGGACGUCAAGGCUGGCAUCCAGCCCACACUACAGGUGUUCCUGACCAACUCAUCCAACGUGUUCCUGUUGGAGCCCUGCCAGGAUGUCGCUAAACUCCUGGAUAAUCAGGUUGAGGUGUGCAAGGGCGUUCUCAGCAUAUACCGGCACAUGAUCAUGGAGCACACCAUGAACACACAGACGUGGGAGCAGAUGCUACAGGUACUACUGAGAAUCACAGAAGCAGUGAUGAAGAGGCCACAGGAAAACCAAAGAAAAGACAUCUUUGCAGAAAGUUUAGCCUCUAUACUAUUUAGGACCAUCAUUGUGGCGUGGGUACGAGCCAACUUGUGCGUGUUCAUCUCCCGGGAGCUAUGGGACGAGCUGCUGGCAGUGCUGUCUUCUCUUACCUGCUGGGAGGAGCUGGUGACGGAGUGGGCCAGCAUCAUGGACUCGCUGACGGCUGUGCUGGCACGCACCGUUUACGGCCUGGACAUGGCCAGCCUGCCUCUGGACAAACUCAGCGAGCAGAAGGAGAAGAAGCAGAGAGGACGCGGAGUGGUUCAGGAUUCCCAGAAGGUAGCAGCGGUCGCGCGCUCUUUCUCUCUGAGUUGGAGGAACCAAGGGGAGCAGAGCGGGCCAGGAGUCCAGGAGCCCAUGAGGAUUCGCUCGGCCACUACUUCAGGAGCGCCCGGUGUGGAGAAGGCGCGGAACAACGUCCGAAUGAAGGCCUCCGCUAAGCGAAGCCAGUCCAUCAGCAACUGUGUUCAUCUAUACGAGGCUAUACCCACUACUAAAAGCGUUCCUAUGCUGCUCCACACUGUGAGCUCUUUCUUGCCUGGUAUCUCUUCUGGUAACUCUGCUUGCUCUCACAGACUCUCAGAUGUGGAGGAGGGUCAGCUGUCAGAAUGUGGGGGAGAGGAGGAGUUGGGAGGCAGGGAAAGCCCACUGCCACGUAGCAGCAGCACGUCAGACAUCACCCAACAGCUGUCUGACACUUUGCCAGCCCAGAAGAGAGAGUGCUCCCCCACUUCCUGUGGUUCUGAUAGCAGGACGUCUGAGGGCAGGAGAGAGGGCAGCGAGCUGCCAGUAAUCCUCAUCCAACCAAGCAGUAGUCCAGCUGAGACAGAGUGCACUGCUGAGGGACAGGCAAACUUCACGAGGCCCAAGCUCAGAGAAAAAAGCGAGAGCAUAAGUAGCGAGACGUCCAACGGCUACCUCAAUGAAGCCGAAGUUACCUGGCAGGCGUUUGAUGAGGAGGCUGACACUCAGUCCACACAGUCGGCCCACAUGGACGUGACAACCGAUCCCCAGAGCCAGGGGAGUCUGCUGCUCAGCCACAAUGAGGCUCUAGCAGGUCCUGAGUGUGCCUUCCCUCCCCACUCUGCACCCCCGUCCUACCACCACCACCACUACCCCCAGAACCCCCCCGCUUCACCAGCCCUGCUGGUGCACACAGAGUGCCCACGGGACUACCCCCUGGACGACACCAUGCAUCAGUCUGUCUUACACAUGCCACACCACUUGGACAGCAGUGAGUGUCUGGCUGACGAUGUCAGCAUCAUUGCUGGUGGGACUCUGACUGGUUGGCAUGCCGACUCUGCCUUCGUCCUGUGGAGGAGGAUUCUGGGUAUCCUGGGAGACGUCAACAAUAUCCGCUGCCCAAAAAUCCAUGCCAAGGUCUUCUCCUACUUAUAUGAGCUGUGGCACAAGCUCGCUAAGAUCAGGGACAACCUUGGGAUAAGUGUGGACAAUCAGUCCUCUCCUCCCCAACCGGUCUUCAUCCCUCCUCUUCGAAUGUUCGCGUCCUGGCUCUUCAGGGCCACCAUGCUGCCAGCAGAAUACAAAGCUGGCAAGCUGCAGGCCUACAAGCUGAUCUGUGAGAUGAUGACCAGGCACCAGGACGUGCUGCCCAACAGCGAUUUCUUGGUGCACCUCUACUACAUCAUGCACAAGGGAUUCACCAGCGAUGACCAGGAUGUUUUGAACACCAUCAUCCGGUCCUGCUCCCCUCGAUUCUUCUUCCUCGGCCUGCCGGGUUUCACCAUGCUGGUGGAGGAUUUCAUCACUGCCGCUGCCCGUGUCCUCACCUCGAACUCCUCGGAGGCUCCGAGGAUGGAGGCUCAGACGAUCCUGGGCUCCCUCGUGUGUUUCCCCAACCUUUACCUCCAGAUUCCUGUACUGCAACACUCUGAGGACAUCAAUGUAAGCAGUGAGGAUAUCAAGAAUUAUCUGGUGAACAUCCUACUGGAGACGGCAACCAAGGAACACACUGAAGGGGCGAGGUGCAUCGCCGUGUGCAGCCUGGGCCUGUGGGUGUGCGAGGAGCUCAUGCAAAAGAGCAUUCACCAUCGGGUUAAAGAUGCCAUCAAUGUGCUGGGAGUAACACUAAAGUUUGGGAACAAAGCAGUGGCUCAAGUGGCCUGUGACGUGUUCCAGCUUCUCAUCUGUCAUUGGGAACAUCUCCAGAGGAUGGAGUCCACUCUCCCCAAGAAAAUCAUUGAGAUCUUUGUGGCCACAAUAGCCUUUUUGUUGCCGAGCGCCGAGCACUCAACAGUGGAAGCAGACAAAAAGUUGAUGGUGUCGCUGCUGCUCUGUCUGCUGGACUGGUGCAUGGCUGUUCCCCUGAGCUUGCUGCUGGAACCCAUCACCAUGUCUUCUCUGGAGGGCAAUACAUCCCAGAAGGCCCCGCUGUUAGACUAUAUUUACAGGGUGCUGCACUGCUGUGUGUCCGGCUCCAACCUGCACACCCAACAGAGCCACUAUCUCCUCAGUCUGUCAGACUUGUCCAGUGACUAUGACCUCAUGUUGGGUCAGGUUAAGUGCUUCGAGCCACCACCCUCCCAGGCAACCACCACAGAUUUUGGCAACCUGCUCACAGUAGCUGAGGAAAAGCGGCGGCGGAACAUGGAGCUGAUACCUCUGACGGCGCGGAUGGUCAUGACACACCUGGUGAACCAUCUGGGCCAUCACCCUCUGAGCGGUGGACCUGCACUCCUCCACAGCCUAGUGAGCGAAAACCACGACAACCCGUAUGUGGAGUCGUCCGAGCUUUCCUCCGAGGUCUUCAAAAGCCCCAACCUGCAGCUUUUUGUCUUCAACGACAGCACGCUGGUGUCCUACCUACAGAUCCCAGCAGAGACGCCCACAGUCGGACAGCCACCCGAGCCUUCCUCCCAAGUCCGUAUCAUUGUCCGGGACAUCUCGGGCAAAUACUCUUGGGAUGGCGCCAUCCUCUACUGCACCGCUCAAGAAGACUCUGUUGAUGUUUUUACUGCAGGUGACAUUCCUCUCUCAACGACCACUGCACUCUCUCGUAGCAAAAGCCAGCCCACCUCUCCAGUAAAGGAACCAUACAAGAGUCACUUCUCAGACUCUCCCUCCAACUGUUGCGAGGAGGAUGAAGUAGAUGUUCUCGAUAAGCUUUUGGAGGAUCUCGGCCACAGCAGCCCAGAAUGCCUGCCCCACCCUCGACUCAGGCUCAACCAGCCCGCCCCGUCCCCUCACGGCAUGAACCUAGAGCAGGAGAAGGCCAUCCUGGAAGCCAUUCUCCGUCAGACUCAACAGGAGGAGGAGCAAGUGAGGAGGUGGGAUGCUGAUGUAAGCUUUCGGGCUGCCUGCCAGAGGGAACCCUCGCAUCAGGAACCAAAAGCGCCUUUCUACUUCUGCCGGCUGCUGCUUAAUGACCUUGGCAUGAACUCUUGGGAUCGCAGGAAAAGCUUCCAUUUGCUGAAGAAAAAUUCUAAACUACUAAGGGAACUGAAGAACUUGGACUCCAGGCAGUGCCGGGAAACACACAAGAUCGCCGUCUUCUACAUCGGAGAAGGCCAAGAGGACAAAUGCUCCAUCUUGUCCAACAGCGCAGGCAGCAAGGCCUACGAAGACUUUGUGUCUGGGAUGGGAUGGGAGGUUGACCUGGCCUCACACUGUGGCUUCAUGGGCGGCCUCCAGAGGAAUGGCAGCACUGGCCUAACUGCUCCUUACUAUGCUACCUCCACCGUGGAAGUCAUUUUCCACGUCUCCACACGUAUGCCAUCCGAUUCUGAUGACAGCCUCACCAAAAAGCUGCGUCACCUGGGAAAUGAUGAGGUGCACAUAGUGUGGUCCGAGCACACCAGGGACUACAGACGUGGCAUCAUCCCAACUGACUUUGGAGACGUGUUGAUAAUCAUCUACCCGACGAAGAACCACAUGUAUUUCAUCCAGAUCUUGAAGAAACCACAGGUUCCUUUCUUUGGGCCUCUGUUUGAUGGCGCCAUCGUCACUGGGACGCUGCUGCCAAGUUUAGUACGGGCCACCUGUAUCAAUGCCAGCAGAGCUGUCAAGUCCCGGCUGACUCUCUACCAGAGCUUCUACGAGGAGCGGGCGCUCUACUUGGAGGCCAUUGUUCAGAACCACAGGGAGGUCAUGACCUUUGAAGAUUUUGCCUCGCAGGUCUUCUCCCCCUCCCCUGGCUAUCCAAUGAGCGGGACAGCGUGCAGGCGUUGGCCGGGGAUGGUUUGGGACAUGGAGUACCCCUGGGCCAAACUGGACUGGUCCUUCACUGGCAGCACGAGCACCGAAGCCGGAAACACAGCAACCCCGACAGACUCCGUGGACCAGGUGUCUCCGACGAUGCCUCGCGCCACGAGGAACCGAGUUUCGGGAAAACUCCGCCGUUCAGCCAGCGCUAUAAGCAAAUCCUCCAACUGAGCUCUUCAGCCCGUCCCCUCUUUUCCCAGAGUGCAGCCUUUAAUCUUCUCUCGAAGAACCUCACACAUCCAGCCGUGACUGCAAGUGUUUGUUUGUUUUUCAGCCCCCCCCCACCAUCUCUUUUUAGUUUGUGUCAUAUAAACAUGUAACUUGAGCAUAUUGCAAUUUUUAAUUUAAGUGGCAAUCGUUGAUUUUUGUCUACACAUUUCAGAUUGUUGUGGUGUGCGUUAAUCGAGAUGGGCGUAAGACUGAGCUACUUACGUCCAUCCUGUUGGUUUCAGCUUAAGAAUCAGCAACAUAGGAAGGUCUGGAAGCAGUCUGUGAUACAGGUGUCAUUUUUAUUCUAAAGAUCUGGUGCACGCUCGGUGCACUAGAGAAACUGGUAAAGUUCUAACAGGGAAUGGGAGACCGCUUUACCCUGUUUCUAGAUUUCAUUCAUCUCAACACUUAAAUGUAACAAAGCACUGAAUGACACAGCUAUAAAUGGCGCCAUGCUAAAACUGCACAAGUGAUUGGUAUCCAUUUAUAAAUAUGUCUGCCUUUUUUUACCUCUUUUUUUUGCAUCUGCCGCAACCUUUCUGUGUCAAAGGUGCAGCUUCGGUUGGAAGCUGAAGUUGCCGUCCUCCCGUUGGCACCAGUUUAAGGCUUUGCGGCCUCAUCUUCCUACAGUUGAGAGAAGAAAAGACUGAUAUGUAGGGAGCGCCUCCCCUGAAAGAUUCAGUACUCACUGCACUACUGCUACUCAGACUCCCUGGUCUCCUUUAGUACACGCAGCCAGCGGAUUUUAAAUUUUUUUGAAUCCCCAGCGGACAAUCAAUGACAUCUUUCUAACGUGAGCUGAAAUGAAAUUUCUUUCUUUCUUUUUUUUUUUUUUACCACUCUCAUUUUCCUUUUUAAAUGAAUUCCAAUGGAUUGUGUCAUGAUUUGAUUUAUGCAACUGCGCUGGAAUGAGAAAAGACUGCGUUUGUAAUUGUUUUCUGAUGUCGUUAACAUGGGCUCAUGUCCGGUAAUUGAAUAAGUUCCUCCUGUCUCUUUCCUCCGCUAUCAGUUUCCCUGUCCUGUGAGGCUGAGACGUCGACAUUCCAACAUUCCCGACAGACCAACGUUUUUUUUUGCACUCACUCUCAUCAGUUAGCAUUGAAUGUUUCUCUUUAUUCUUGGAUGUAAAAUCGCUUUAAAUUUUAAUUUUGCCGAUGUUUGUUUUGUCAGGUGUACAUAGAGAGGACUGUUUGAUUAUUAAUUAUUUUUUGCUGUCGUGUCGUGUUAUGUAUUCUUGUGCAGUUUUGAAAAAAGAAAAAAAAAAUGCCGCCAGAGCCUCAGGUUGAAUCUUACCUCCAUGCACUGGUGUGUGUGUGUGUGUGUGUGUGUGUAUGUGUGAGUGAGAGUGUGAGUAUUUGAGUGUGUGCAUGUAUGUGAGUUUCUGAGGGAGCCCCUCACAGUGCCUGUGUUAUGUCUGUCCGCUGAGAUGAUGUCCCACGCCACCUCCGCCACACCCCAUAGUCAGAUUUAAGUCCACUCAUGAUCGUGUUGGGCAAACCGUGGUCUCCCUGCGUCCCACCUCCCCCGUUGUCGGCGCAAAACAGAGUGUUUUCCUUCCCCUGCGUCUCUAAAGGUCAGCGUCUCAUGCUUCCCACAAAAACAACAGAUGGAUUUGGAAUCGUGGGGUUCACUGUUUAGUCUUCAUUAUAGGUGGUGUGCUGCUCCGUCUUUUAUCUGUGAAUGGGAUCGACUGGCACCGACUCCUCCUCCUCCUCCUCUUUCCCAUGAUCCUUUACCCACGUUGCCUCCGGAGGCCACGGGAGGGGGAGGCUGGGUUUAGGUGGCAUGCCAGAGCUGAACUCUUUACAGCCCUCCUAGCAACAGGCAGGCCGACGCGCUCGCUCCUCCAACCUGCCAGCUCGGGUAGUCAUGGUAGCCAGGUGUUCCCUACACACACAAACACACACACACAUUAUAGACUCACACCCUCUGAGGGCUCCACCCAAGCUGCAACACUAUCCCCAUCUGUUGCACUACUACUAUGCCUUACUUUCCCCAUGCUCCUCUCGUCGUUUUCUUCUUCCUUCUCUCACAUCUCCCCUCCUUUUGUUUGGCCAUUAUUCCCCAAGCAGAACAUCGGGGGAAGAAUCCAAACAGCAGGAGGACUCGGAUCUGUUUUUGUGCUUUUGUUGUUUGAAGAAUGUAUAGAUCUAUGGGCCGGGUCUAUGGUUUUUAUUUUCCCCAAAGCCACUUGAAGGAACUGCCCAGGAUGUUGAUCUAAAGAUUGUAGGUUGUAGAAAAAUAUCUUGUUGAAGUGGGGGUUGUGCUCCCCUUUUUGGUGGCUUAGUAGCUGGAGGUGUUAGUCUGGACCAAGAUAAGAUUGUGUGUCUUAUAUGCUUGAAGAAAAUGAGAUAGUCUUAGUUUGUUUUUUUGUUUUGUUUUUGUUUUUGUUUUCUUCUCGUUUUAGAAAUCCUUGUACAUUGUGUCAAAUUUGAGGGCCUCAUUGCCCUCUGAAUAUAAAUAUAUUAAUGCCUGUAAUAUAAUCUUUGUAUAAGAGAAAGAGGAAAAAAAAGCUUGAAAAUUUCAUCCUUACUUGUCAACAUAUCAAACUGUUUUUAAUGACCGAAGUCCUGCUAUCUUUAUUAGAAAUGUGAAAAUUGAAACAUUUCAUUAAAUCAAUUUGAAAUUCUA